AUGGACGGGGAAUCGGUUUCUUUAUCCUCGUUGCUAACUGGGCUGCAAUUUUUUGGUAUUUAUGAAAACCAGGAACAUGAAAUUUAUGGAAAUAUUAAGAAUCUAAUCACUAAGAAGUUCGUCAAAGAGGCUUAUUUGAGGAUAGAAAAAGAGGACAAUAACAUCACUGCAGACGAAAGGUCAAAUGUAGAUCCAUAUUUAAAUGCCAAAGUUUUUCUUGGCAAUCGAAGUCUAGCAAUGGUUGAUAAAAAGAAAGUACUGGAUUACGUGAGUCAAGUUUAUGGAAACAAACCAGAAGAUUGGGUCGAACAAUUCGACGAGUUUGGGGGAUAA